GAAAACUUCAUCUCUUUUUUUUCCUCUCCCUUUCCCUCCCUUCCCCUCCCUCGAGCUGCACAGCCACAAGCCGAGCAUGACUAACCCUUGCAAAGCCUUCACCAGUGGCUCCCUCUCCUCCUGGGAGGUGUCAGGGAAGAUGAGCAGAGGAAAAGCCGCCAGCACAUCCCCGGACUGCCUGGGCCGCUGCAGUCCCAGCGAGGUGGCCAGCAAUGGCUACAGCUCGCUCAGCCUCCACGGAGAUGGUGGAUACCGAUGCUCCUCUUACCCUUCCUUCUCCAUCGACGGGAGACUCCUGGCCCCCGUGCACCUCGAUAUCGACCCCGACUUCCAAGCCAUGCGGCAGCAGGAGAAGGAGGACAUCAAGCUGCUCAACAACCAGUUUGUGACCCUAAUUGAGAAGGUUCAGUGCUUGGAGCAACAGAACAAGGUCCUGACGACAAGGUGGAACUUCCUGAAGGAUCAAGACAAUUCCCACUCCGAGUCAGACAUCAAGGCCAUCUACGAUCAGUACAUGAGCAAAAUGAAUCAAGAGAUGAAGGCGCUCAACUACGAGCAGGAAAAUCUUGAGCUGGAGCUGACAAAGGUCCUGAGCACCAUGGAUGACUUCCGAAGCAAAUACGAGGACGAAAUUCGCCUCUGUAGUGGCAUGGAAUACACCUUCACGGAGCUCAAAAAGGAUUUAGAUGUGAGCUCCUUGCACAGAACUGAGCUGGAGGUAAAACUCAACGGGCUCCGAGAGCUGAUGGAGUUGAAGAAAACCAUUUACGAGCAGGAACUCGAGGAGCUGCUGACAGAAAUUAAGGACAUUUCUGUUGUACUGGGAAUUGACAACGCAUGCAAACUCGAUCUGAGCAGAAUUGUGGAAGAAGUGAGGGCCCAGUACGAAGCCCUGGCUCUUCGGAGCUGGGAGGAGGCUGAAGCACUCACCAGGAGAAAGCUGAAUGAAGGAAACACCCAGUCAGGCACCUACGGGGGUCACCUCCUUGACAGCCGACGGGAGAUUGCAGACCUGAACAUACAGAUCCAGAAGUUGAGGUCCUGCAUCGUGUCCCAGAAGAGCCAGUGCCUGUACUUAGAGGAGCAUAUCAAAGAAGCAGGAGAGCAUGGCGAGAUGGCCCUCAAGGAUGCCAAAGCCAAACUAGUCAAGCUAGAAGAAGCUCUCCAGAAGAGCAAGGAGGAUAUGGCUCACCUGGUGAAAGAGUAUCAGGAGCUGAUGAACAUCAAGCUGGCUCUGGAUGUGGAAAUCCUCACUUACAGGAAGCUGAUGGAAGGGGAGGAGAGCAGCAUGGAGCAACCAAUACCCACAGUCAUCAGCACCGUCCACUCCAAGCCAAAGCACCCAGUUUCUGCCAGCACCUUGAGAAACUCUAAGCUGUUUGCAAGAGGAACAGGCAGCACCAAUGGUGAGAUGAAGCUAAAUGGUGGCAGCACAAAAAUGCUGCCCUCUAGAAGCCACAGUGACACCUCAGCGACGCCUGAAGCAGAUGCCUUCAGCAGCGGUGCCCGGCCAAAGCUCGGUUCCCUGCCCACCGAAGAAUACUUGGAGAAACAGAGCCCCACAGCAUAAACACAAAGCCUGUUGGCAUCUGUAGCCAAAUGAGGCCAAAGCACUUUCUCCUGAACUCAAGCCAAUGUCCGAGGGACAAAGGAUGAGGACCCACUCCAGGCUGUCUCUUUCAAGUUUGUCUUUACAACAUCCCAGUCAUCUCCGUUACCAGUUACGAGCAGAAUCCAACCCGGGAUUUAGAGACUCUCCCAUUCAGAUACCCACACCGACAUCUUCCUCUCUAGCUCUGUUUCCCCAGAGGAUUUGCAUUCACAACCUUUGAGAUCUACCUGUAGGAAACCUGGCAGGAGGGGCAAGUGUUAUUGCACAAGGUUUUAACACAGCAGCCAGAAACCAUCAGCCCAGCCAUUUUACCAGUAUUACAAAACCAUUCGCCCCGCUCCGUCCCUGCUCUGUGCGUGUCUGUGAGGUGGCCGCUGUCGUGGCUUUCAAAGGAAGCUUCAUUGAGCUUCCCAACCAAGCUGGUGGGGAGCUGCAGGUAAACAACCCGAGCCAGGUGGAUUUGCAUACCUGGUGACAAACAUGCUGGCUGUACUGGGGGAUCCUUGGCCACUUCAGAGUUUUUAACUGAUUUUACUGCCUUUUGGGUGGCCCCUCAUUCCUUCCCAUGCGACUAAAGCUAAAACUCCCUAAAACUUUUAUUUUCAGAGUCAUCUCUCUAGCAGAGAGCAUCUCCGCCUGUCUCACCUAAAGGCACUACAGACACACACCCCCGCCCCGCAUGGUUCUAGGCCCUAGAAAUGGGAUAAGCCCAACGAGCAGGACUUGUCUUUGUAUUUAUUGAACUUACAUUGCAGCUUUUACCUUGCCUGGCCGACACCAGCCACGUCACACCGCAGCUACUAGAGCUAACUCUGUAGAUGCCACGUCCCCCUGCGAGGAAGGUGGGGGGAAAUGUUCUGGCCUCAGCUCAGGCAUUACCAUGGCCCCCUUGCACAAUCAACAGAGACAGUGCCCUGCAGUAUUUUCCUUUACGAGGCCAGGCUCUGGCCUCAGCCACUGCCACACAGCCCUACUCGAGUUCCCAGAUUUGGAGUUCCCAGGAGGAGUUGUUCAGAGUCUCUUUGCAUAUUUCCACUGAGCGCAUUGCAGUAUUUCCACGUUUCUGUAGGAUAGACAACUACCAUAGCGUCUGUGUACCCAGAACACUUGCUCUCCAGGGU